GGCUGUGCCUGCAACGGCAGUCGAGUAAUUAAACACCCUACAAAAAAAAAACAGGAGUCCACCGAUAAGGAUAAGAUAAAGUUAACAGAACUACUGACAAAAUGGUAUACGGAAGGAGCAUAGCCGUGGGCAUUUGCCUGAUGACCAUUGUUGUGCUCUACUCAGUGCUGAUGUUUUAUCUAAGCUUAGGACCGUGCCCCACGGGCAGCUUUGCCUGCAACAAUGGCAUACAGUGCGUGCCGCAGCGGCAAAUAUGCGACAAGAAACCCGACUGCACAGAUGGCAGCGAUGAGCAUCCGGUCGAAUGUGGCAACACCUAUGGCAGCAGGGAGUUUGCCGAUAAACUUGUGCGUAAUGCGAUUGCGAAAAAGAAGGAACAAAAUCAACGCCCAAUGGUUGGUGGGUCAAAUGUAAGCGCCGGGGAUUUGUUAUCGCCAUCGGCGGCGGCGGGUAACAGCAACAGAAAUCAAAGCACGUCAAUUCCGUGUGCUAUCCUCACAUAUCCUCGACCCCAGUGCCAAUGCGGUGGCGGCACAAUGCUCUACUGUGGCAAAUACGCCAAGCUGCGUCGCAUGCCGCGCAUUAGCGCCGAGGUAACCAAUCUGUUUAUCAUCAGAAAUAACCUGACACUGCGAGAAAAUCUAUUUGCAAAUCUGACGCGACUUCAAAAGCUCACGCUCAAAUACAACAACAUAUCACGUGUGCCACCGGGCAGCUUUGGCGGCUUGCCACAUUUGGAACGCCUCGAGUUGAGCCACAACAAUUUUAGCCAAUUGCCGCACGGCAUCCUUAAGGAUUUGCAUGGUCUGCAGUGGCUGUUUCUGGUCAAGAACCAACUGCGCUACUUUCCCAUGGAGCAUUUGGCUUCAAUGCACAAACUGGAUUGGCUCAUCCUCAGCCAUAAUCGCCUCACACUACACAACGAGCAGCUGUCCAAGGCACCCGAGCUUCGUGAAAUCUAUUUGGAUCACAAUCGAAUCGAAUACAUUGGCGAGAAAACUUUUGCACAAUUGGAUAAUUUAGAGUUUCUUGACCUGCAGCACAAUUUAAUUACGCACAUUCAUCUAAGAGCCUUUGCCAAUCUAACCGCCAUAUCAGACAUCCUCCUCAUUGGCAAUCCCAUUAAGGAAUUAUCUGGCGAAAUAUUUCUGUAUAACAAACGCCUCGAAGCGCUCUCACUGGCACACAUGCCUCUGCCCAUAGAUCGCAAUUUGGUGGAGUCUCUGAACGUAUCCUUUUUGAAUUUGAGUGGCAUAGAAUUCGAUCGCAUUGAUUUCACGGCGCUGAAUAAGAUGCAUAGCCUGAAGUACAUUGUAUUUGACCGCUUCUUCUACUGCUCCAUGACCCCAAAAGUGCUGAUGUGCAGCCCCAAAACGGAUGGUGUGAGUUCCUUUGAGGAUCUGCUGACCAAGCCAUCGUUGCGUUACUCCACCUGGUUCAUGGCAUCGCUGUCCAUAGUGGGCAAUCUCAUGGUGCUCUGGGGUCGCUUCAUCUAUCGUGAUGAGAACGUUGCUGUCACGAUGGUUAUUCGGAAUUUGGCAUUGGCUGAUUUGCUAAUGGGCGUUUACUUGGCCAUCAUUGGAGUGCAAGACUAUCGCUAUAGGCACGAGUAUCACAGAGUGGCUCAUGAUUGGACCAAUUCGUGGCAAUGCAUUGCAACUGGAACGCUGGCGGUCAGCUCCUCGGAGGUAUCCAUGCUCAUACUGGCCUUCAUGUCGCUGGAGCGUUUCCUGCUCAUCGCGGAUCCCUUUCGUGGGCAUCGCAGCAUCAGCAUACGCAUCAUUUACCUCUCGCUGCUGUGCAUUUGGCUGACUGGCGUUGCCUUGGCCGUUACACCCGUGCUCAUCUGGCGCUCGAGCACACAAUUCUAUGGCAAAAACUCUGGCACUUGUUUUCCCCUGCACAUCCGGGAAGCCUUCUCGCUGGGCUGGCAGUACUCGGCCAUUGUGUUUCUGGGCAUUAAUUUGCUACUGCUCGUUAUGAUUGCUCUAUUGUAUACGGCACUGCUCAUCUCCAUUUGGCGUACGCGCAGUGCCACGCCCCUUUCGCUGCUGGACUGCGAAUUUGCGGUGCGUUUCUUCUUCAUUGUGCUAACCGAUGUGCUGUGCUGGGCACCCAUCAUUGCCAUGAAGAUUUGGGUAUUCUUCCAGUACAAUAUAUCGAACGACAUCUAUGCCUGGCUGGUCGUCUUCAUUCUUCCCCUCAACUCGGCUGUCAAUCCGCUGCUUUACACCUUCACCACGCCCAAGUAUCGCAAUCAAAUUCUGCUCCGUGGCUGGAAGAAAAUCACAUCACGAAAACGCACCGAUGCCGGACAUGGUAAUGCCGCCACCACCACAACGGGCACGGCGACGGGUUCGUCUCAGCAACCGGAUGAUUGCACCACAACAACGGCCAUCAAAUCGAUGCCAUUAUCGCUGACCAUGAGCCAGUGAUCAGUGCCACUGAGAAUAGUCGAAUACAGUAUGCCAAAGUCAAGUCAUAAUUGCUUGGCCUCAUUUAUUAUGUCUAUAUGCUGUCCAUGUAUACGUGGAUAUAAAUGUAUGUAUGUACUAUAUGUCUAUAUGUGCAUCCAAGUCAUUGUUAACCAUAACAAA